AUGACCGCCAAAAAAGACAUAUUAGAAAUUAGAGAGUUAAGAAAGCCUGAAGAGAAAGAAGCCUUAAGAUUAUUAGAAUUUUAUGGAUUAGCACUUGGUGUUGUCAAACCAUUGUUUAUUCACGUUACUACUCAUCCGAUUUCUAUCUUGCUGAUGAUGUUUAUUUCGGUCGCUUUCUUUAAACUGAGUGGCAGUUUUCUUAUCAGCUUGCUCCUACCGAUGCCAGUUCUUGCCUUUAUAUAUACCUUGAAAAAUCUACCGUUACUGUCCAGACGACAUCGAAAACGUCACAUUGACAGAACCAGAGGUUUUUACGCACAUUAUCGAUGUCGAGAAGGAUGUAAUUUUUUCGUUGCCUUACACGAUGGAAAGAUCGUCGGGACCGUCGGGGUUGAUCGGAAAUCGCCGGGAGUAGGCGAAAUCCGCCGAAUGGUUGUUCAUCCAAGACAUCGGCGUAUCGGUCUCGCCUGCAGACUCUUAGCGGUGGCCGAGGAAUACUGUAGGAAAGUUGAAAGUUAUAGAUAUAUUGAGCUUUCUACAUCUCACGUACAAAGACCAGCAAUUGCAUUUUACACGAAACAAGGGUAUCAACUUGUAAAUGUUACACCCCUGAGCGUUUUCGUCCCGGGCUAUGUCAGUCACGACAACUGGAACUUUCGUAAAGUUAUUUAG